GCGGGGCCUGCUGUGCUGGAAUGUGGCGGCGGCGGCGCGGGCGGCGGCGGCCCAGGUUGGGAGCGGGGGCCGGUGCUGAUGAGGGGUGCUGAUCCCCGGCUGCUCCCGCUCCUGACACCCAGCGCUGGCAGCGGCGGGGCGGCUCCCGCUCCGAGGGCCCCGCAGCCAUGUCCACCUUCCGCCAGGAGAGCGUGGAGGAUUUCUAUGAGAUGGGAGAGGAGCUGGGCAGCGGGCAGUUCGCCAUCGUCAGGAAGUGCCGCGAGAGGAAGACGGGGCUGGAGUACGCGGCCAAGUUCAUCAAGAAGCGGCGGCUGUCGUCCAGCCGCAGGGGCGUGAGCCGCGAGGAGAUCGAGCGCGAGGUGGACAUCCUGCGCGAGAUCCAGCACCCCAACAUCAUCACCCUGCACGACAUCUUCGAGAACAAGACCGACGUGGUGCUCAUCCUGGAGCUGGUGUCCGGCGGGGAGCUCUUCGACUUCCUGGCCGAGAAGGAGUCGCUGACGGAGGAGGAGGCCACGCAGUUCCUCAAGCAGAUCCUGGACGGGGUGCACUACCUGCACUCCAAGCGCAUCGCCCACUUCGACCUCAAGCCAGAGAACAUCAUGCUGCUGGACAAGAACGUGCCAAACCCUCGCAUCAAACUCAUCGACUUUGGGAUCGCCCACAAGAUUGAGGCUGGCAACGAGUUCAAGAAUAUCUUUGGGACCCCAGAGUUUGUAGCCCCAGAAAUUGUGAACUACGAGCCCCUGGGGCUGGAGGCUGAUAUGUGGAGCAUCGGGGUCAUCACCUACAUCCUGCUGAGCGGAGCCUCCCCAUUCCUGGGGGAGACAAAGCAGGAGACGCUGACCAACAUCUCUGCUGUCAACUACGACUUCGAUGAGGAAUAUUUCAGCAACACCAGCGAGCUGGCCAAGGACUUCAUCCGCCGCCUGCUGGUCAAGGACCCCAAGAAGCGAAUGACCAUCGCCCAGAGCCUGGAGCACCCUUGGAUUAAGGUGAUCAAGAGGAGGAACGUGCGCAACGAGGACAGCGGCAAGAAGCCCGAGCGGCGCCGGCUGAAGACCACGCGCCUCAAGGAGUACACCAUCAAAUCCCACUCCAGCAUGCCCCCCAACAACACCUACAUCAACUUCGAGCGCUUCUCCAAGGUCAUGGAGGAGGUGGCUGCGGCCGAGGAGAGCCUCCGAGAGCUGGGGAGGAACAAGAAGUCCUUCCAGGAGGACAUCGAGGCGCUGCUGUCCAUCUACGAGGAGAAGGAGUCGUGGUACAAAGAGGAGAACGAGAGCAUCAGCCAGGACCUGCGGCAGAUCCGGCAGGAGCUGCACAAGACGGAGGCGCUGAAGAAGCAGGCGCAGGAGGAGACCAAGAGCGUGGUGCAGGCGGCCAACGGGCUCAAGCGGCGCUACCGCAAGCUGGAGAACCACUACGAGGCCCUGGCCAAGCAGGUGGCCUCGGAGAUGAAGUUUGUGCAGGAGCUGGUGUGGUCCAUCGAGAGGGAGAAGCUGCAGAGCAGCGAGGGCGACGGCAGCAUCCGCUAACCCUGCUCACCCCCGGGGGCUGCGCUGCUCCCCCUGCUCCUCCCUUGGGGCUGGGGCUGCUCCUGGUGCCCCUGCUCAUCCCCGGUGCCCCUGCUCACCUCCUGGGGGCUGGGGCUGCUCCUGGUGCCCCUGCUCACCCCUGGUGCCCCUGCUCACCCCCGGGCAGUGCCCCAGCUCGGUGUUAAGGGGGGGUUUGUGCCUCCCUGGAGCCCCUCCUCGGGGUGCUGGGGCUGUGCCACGUGCAGCUCCUCUCUGGCUCCUGUUCCUGCACUCCCCAGGACGUUUGUCCCCCCCUGUCACCCGGGUCCCGUGGGGGCUUGGUGUGCAGAGCUCCCCUCUGCACUGCAGCAGCAGCCACGCACGGGCUGGGACCAAGGACUGAUCCCUGUGUGGCCUCACGCUCCGCAGCCCCCCCUGCACCCCACAUUCCCCCCAGGCUGCUGCACCCCUUGUGCCCCUGUCCCAGCCCUGGCUCCCCCUUUUCCCACAAUAAAGGUUUCUGUGUAGUGG